CUGGGUUUUCGGUACCCAGUUUGAUUUUGGGAGCAUGAACUUAAUCUGUCCCGGAACCAAGGUGACUUGCAGAAAGUCGUCCCCAACUGCCUUCUUAUUGCUACGAACUAUAUUCUCGUGGCAAGAAUCUUCCGAUAACCUACUCUCAAAUAUACGUAUGAUGUAUUCCUUUGCAUUCAUCAAUUCUGCCUGAAGACUUCUCUGCAAGUCCCAGGCGUCUUGUUUCCGGAAACGCCAUCCGCUCCUUGAUGCCAUUCGGCUGGACAACCACCAGCAGGGUGUAAUUGUGCUCCACUUUCCGACCUUCCCCCUUUCCCCGGCUUCUUUUAUAGGGCACCUCUCACAUCAUUUGGUGGGGCAAGGCGGCGGACUUUCCCAAAAUAUUUUCUUCUGGUUUUCCUUCAACGCUCAGUCCGUGAUUCUUCAAGCCACAAGGAGAACUUCAUGCAUACUCCUCAUCUCGAUAGGUGAAUUUUGAAAACUUUCGCAUGCGGUUCCUAGUUGAGUAUUGGCAUUACCCCUUGCCUCUCUGCGAAACAUCUGGACUUUCCCACUAUCGUCUCACCACCCACGACCCAUUGCUUUCUCCACAGCUCCCAAUGUAACCCAGAUUCUUGGGCUUCCAGAGAAGGCAAAGAAUGACAAUCUUUUAAGCUUCAGGUUUGCGAUCGGGGUUAGGGUCCCUUGUAUUGUGAAAAGUAGGCUUAGCUCCGGAAUAGCUACCGCUCGGUAUAAGGUUGUAGACAUUCUCCAAUAUUUGUUUUGGGGAAGUCUAUUACUUGGAACUCGCGUGCUUUGGUAGCGUCUUUCUUUUGGGGAAGACCCUUAUCCUCACGCACCUCUUCUUUUACCAGUAUGGCUUCCAUGGUUGAUGUCACGAUGGAUGUUCCGGACGAAUCGAAAGGUCCAACCUUGUUAGUGCUGACCUGUGUUCUUACUGCCUUUUCUAUUGUGACUACUUGUCUGCGGGUUUGGGCAAGAUAUAGGCGUUCUUUGAUUGGAUGGGUAAGUUGAACUUCACUUCUGUUUGCCAUAUUUAUCAUCAGCGAGAAGCUCGUGCGUUGCUCGAUGUGUCCCUGAUGCCUUUGAUCAUGGCACCAGUCAACCCAAUGAUGUGCCAGCAAUUUGAACCGUAUCAAAAAUUGGGGCUCUCCGAUCUCCGAUUUUCGUUUAUGGAACUACAGCGUUGUCAGGCUCAAUGUGAUAUCUAAUGUUAGAUGUGGGGUUGACCUCGCAUUGUUCGGUCGCAUACUUCACUGUUUAUCGCAGUACUAGCAGUACUAACAACCAGUAAUAGGAUGAUAUGACGAUAGCAAUAUGCAUGCUCUUAUCAGUUGGUCGAACGAUAAUACAAAUUGUCUCCGUGAAGGCAGGCAACGGACGACACAAGCCAUAUCUCACCACUGCUCAAUAUCAAUACGUCAACUUCCUGACCUGGGCCACUCAACUUUUCCUUUUUGUCGCCAUCUGCAUUCUCAAAUGCUCGAUCUGUCUCCUUAUUCUUCGCAUCAAAAAGACGAAGCUCUUGCGACAAUGUCUGAUUGGAAUGAUGGGAGGGUUGAUUUUGACUAAUGGCUUUUGUCUGAUUGUUCUACUUGCGGAGUGUGAUCCCGUCAAAAAGUACUGGGACCCGAAGACUCCAGGGAAAUGCUGGGAUACGCGUGUUCGAAUAUACUCCAUUUACGUCCAAGUCGGUAUGUGGCCCCAUUUGAGCCUCCUCUUUCUUCACUUCACCAUUCUCUAACACUUUCACAGCAUAUUCCGUCAUCACGGAUGUCAUUUGUACAUCUCUCCCCGUCGUCGUUCUAUGGAACGUAAAGAUAAAACUCAACCUGAAAAUCGCCGUCUCGUGUCUUAUGUCCUUAGGUCUCAUCGCCACAAUCUGUGCUGUCGUGCGAGCCACCUCUCUAGGAACCGUCGUAACGGAUUUAUCCUACGACUAUUGUAUCGCAGCAAUCUGGGCCAAUACCGAACUCCAUCUCGGUAUAAUAGCCACGAACCUAAGUCUCUCCCGAAGUAUCUACGCAUAUUACUCCGGGCGCGAAAGUAUGAAUGACUCCGAAAUCUCAGCAAGUAACAUAGGACCUAGGUCAGGAACCUUUGGGAGAAAGUCGAGAAGCCGAGGCACAUUGGACAGUCGAGGGUGGAUGAAGAGUAGAACCGAUGAGGAAGAUAACUAUACGCUCGAUUGCAAGAGCUCGGAGGGCAUUGGAGCGAUGGGAAAUGGCAGUACACAUGUAGUAGGCAGGGGAAGUAUGGGUAGUGCGGGGAGUCAGAUUCCUUUGGGAGCAGUGAUCAAGAAGACGACCGAGUUCCAUGUCACAGAGGAGAAGGGGAGAGUGAAGAGUUACGACAAAGUUACGCAGGAGAGGUGGAAUCAGGAUAUCGAGAGUGCACGGUGAUUACGUGGAAGUUUUGUGCGAUGCUGAGGCGUAUGGUCUGGACUAAUUUCUUUUGUAUGUGUUAUACUGGAACGGAUAAGGCCGUGCUAUAUAUGGGAUCAGAUUAGGGAAAACAGCACCAUCUGGAUGGAAGGUCAAUUGGGAUUUGGACGCGGUUAUUGGACUUUUUAAGGCGGCGAAACAAUUGGAGCAGGAGUUGCAUUUGGGUAUGCAAUCAUUUGGGCUCGAAAUUCUUAGCUUACGGCUGUAUCUAUAAGCCAAUAUAAUUCUGAUGAACUUACCCAAAGCCUGAUGAGUAGUUUCUACAAAUGAUCAGCUCCAAGACCAUCUGAAAUAUUAAGAUUUUUGGUGCCAG